CCCACUCUACAGCUUUCUCUUCCAGUGUGUGGGGGAUUCAUGAGGGCACAGGGCUUGGUCUCAUUCUGUUCUGGACGACAGGGAUUACAAGCCCUGUACACAUUAUAUUUAUUUUUAUUUUAUUUCGCUUUCUUUUGACUUCUUUGGAUUUAUUACCAUUCAUGCUAAACAUCUGGCCAUGAAGUGGAAUCUGGUCAUCUCGUUGUUCCUGUUGUCUUUUGGACAGCUGUCAUGGGGUCAAGAAGGCAUGGUCAUCCCUGAGUACGAUGGAAAGGAUCGUGUUCAUUACCUUAAUGUCAAGAAUUAUAAAUCGGUAAUGAGGAAGUAUGAUGUCAUGGUAGUGUACUACCAUGAGCACGUCGGGUCCAGCAAAGUCUCGCAGAAGCAGUUUGAGAUUGAGGAGCUGGCCCUGGAGCUCGCUGCCCAAGUUCUAGAGGACCUUGAUGAGGAAGAUAUUGGAUUUGGCUUACUUGAUGAGAAGAAAGGCAGGGAUGUCGGCAGGAAAUUAGGUCUGGAGGAGCCCGACAGUAUCUAUAUCUUUAUUGAGGAUGAAGUAAUUGAGUAUGAUGGAGAACUUGCUGCAGACACAUUGGUGGAGUUCAUCUAUGAUGUAAUAGAUGAUCCAGUCGAGAUCAUUGAUAAUGCCAAUGAAUUGAAGGGCUUCGAAAGUCUUGAAGAGGACAUGAAACUAGUUGGGUACUUUAAGAAUGUGAGGUCUGAACCCUAUGUGGUGUUCAAGGAUACUGCAGAAGAGUUCCAUCCUCAUGUAAAAUUCUUUGCCACCUUUAGUUCAAAGAUUGCUAAGAGACUAAAUCUAGACAUGAAUGAUGUGGACUUCUAUGAGCCCUUCAUAGACAGUCCUUUCAGUAUCCCUGGAAAACCCUACACUGAGGAGGAUCUGGUUAACUUUAUCGAGGACAAUAUUAGACCAACCCUGCGGAAGCUGAAGCCACACAACAUGUAUGAGAUCUGGGAAGAUGAUGUAGAUGGAGAGCAUAUCAUUGCUUUUGCUGAGGAAGAUGAUCCAGAUGGAUUUGAGUUCUUGGAGAUCCUAAAGGAGGUAGCAGAGGAUAAUUCAGCCAAUCCAAACCUCAGCAUCAUCUGGAUUGAUCCUGAUCAGUUCCCCCUGCUUGUGCCCUAUUGGGAGAAGACCUUUGACAUUGACCUGUCCUCACCUCAGAUUGGCGUGGUGGAUGUUGAAGAUGCUGAUAGUAUAUGGCUGGAGAUGGAUGACCAUGAUGACAUGCCAACUCCUGAUGAGCUGGAGGACUGGCUGAUGGAUGUUCUGGAGAAUGAAAUUGACCCUGAUCAUGACGACGAGGAUGAUGAUGAUGAUGACGAUGACAGUGAUGAAGACGAGGAUGAUGAAGACGACGAUGAUGAUGAUGAUGACGAUGACGACGAUGAUGACGAUGAUGACGACGAUGAUGAUGAUAACGAUGACGAUGAUGACGACGAUGAUUAGUCCAGUUAUGAUGGUGAAGUUGACAAAAAAUACCUGAAACUGAAAUCCAUUAUAAGCAUUUCUACCCACUGUCCAAGAUUGGUCAGAAGGCUGUUUAAUGAGCUAUGUAUUUUUAUAUCAUCUGAAAUAAAGGUGCUUUACUGAGCACACAUAACAUUUCACAUACUGAAGUUCUCAUAUUUUUAUCAUCCCACAGUCAAUAGUGUCCUAAAAGUAGGGCUGUGACCACUUAUUAGUUGAUGAAAUUUAUUCAUGAUGGCCCUAAAAUGUAUCAUUUUUUCUUCACGUUUUGUAAAAUUCUGGGCACCAAUCCAUGAUCUAAAACUCCAGGCCUGGUUUUAGUUCCACACACACUACAUUGAGUGACAUUGAGUAAUUGUUGCACUGCAAUGCUGCUACACUGGGACAGCACCAUCAGGAGCAGUACUUAUUUGUGCGUAAUUGUAAUUUAAUGUUUAGUCAUUGUCAAGUCUUUUCACAAGAGUCAAUUUUCACAGAUUAAAUGCACUGAGACUUUCA